AUGAUUAGAGAUACAAGGAUCUCGACGGGUUAUGCUCUUCAAGGAGCAGGUCCAUUCACUGAUAAGGAGUAUACUAGAGAAUUCGGAGAAACUGAAUUAGGCAGAGCCAAGAUCUUAGUAGUUGGAGCUGGAGGAUUAGGAUGCGAGAUACUUAAAGAUUUGGCAUUAUCGUCUUUCAAAGAGAUUGACUGUAUUGAUAUGGAUACAAUUGAAUUAUCGAAUUUGAAUAGACAAUUCUUGUUUAGAGAAGAAGAUGUGGGCAAGUCGAAAGCGGAAAUAGCGUCUAGGUUUAUCAAGCAGGUGGUGAAAGAUGUGAAGAUACAGGCUCAUUUCAACAAGAUCCAAGACUUCGACAUGGAAUUCUAUCGGCAAUUCACAUUGAUAGUUUGUGGAUUGGAUAAUAUUGAGGCUCGAAGUUGGAUCAAUAAGAUGGUGGUUGAUAUAGCGAUGCAACAUACCCAAUAUAUUCCAUUAAUAGAUGGAGGUACUGAGGGUUUCCAAGGGUCUGUCAAAGUAAUGAUUCCCACGAUUACGGCAUGCUUUGAGUGUUACAAGCAAUUAAUACCCAAGCAAACCACGUAUCCACUUUGUACACUUGCUUCAAUGCCUAGAUUACCGGAACAUUGUAUUGAAUGGGCGCACCAGUUAAAGUGGCCCAAACUCUACCCACAUACAAAGUUCGAUGCAGAUGACCCAGAGCAUGUGACCAAGAUGUACCGAAUGUCAUUACAGAGGGCCAAGGAUUUUGGAAUCGAAGGUGUAACCAAGGCCAAAACACUUGGAGUGGUGAAGAAUAUCAUUCCGGCUAUUGCUUCCACCAAUGCAGUGAUAGCAGCUGCCUGUUGCAAUGAAGCAUUCAAGUUCAUCACCUCGUGUAACCCGAAUCUGGAAAAUAUCAUGUAUUAUAAUGGAGAAGUGGGAGUUGUUCUUGCUAGCGACGAGUAUCAUAAGCUUGUUGAUUGUCCAGUAUGUGGUAACAGGCCAAGAGAGGUGGUGAUUACAACCUCCCAAAUUACCGUGGAGCAGUUUGCUAAUGAAUACGUGAAAGUGAGAUUUUCACUAGUAGAGCCAGACAUCUUCUACAACGGAGGAGACAUUUACAAUUUCAAGAACGGUAAUAAAGAAGACAAUAGACUACUUGUUGAAGUGAUUCCAUUUGAAGAGAACUCGAACGACGGACAAUUACAUAGCAAAUAUCAACUUAUAGUGGUUGAUAAAAGCCUACAAAACCCAUUAAAGUUGAUAGUGAAGCUAGAAUAA